AUGUCGGCGAUCUUCGACUUCUCGAGCCUGGUCACCGUGCUGCUGCUCAUCAUCUGCACGUGCACCUACGUGCGCGCGAUGCGGCCGUCGGUCUUCGACGGCGGCCUGAGCGCGGACGACCUCGCGAGCCCGCACCUCAGCUACAAGAGGAGAUCCGGCAUACGAGGCGCGUGCUGGAAGGCGAGUCGAAUCGGCGAGCGCCUGUCGCCGUACGUCUCCGUCGUCGUCGCGGCCAUGGCCUUCCACAUCCUGCUCUUCUAG